GCGGCAGAAGACAAUGCUUCUGCGAUAUUGAAAGAUUUUGGGAUUAAAAAAGAAAAAUCGAAGAAGGAUGUUGAAGAUGCAUUCGAAAAUUUGGAGAAGGCUUCGUCUGAUGCAAAACUAAAAGAAAAAUUUGAAAAGGUUCUUGAAGAUGAUGAUGUGAAGGAUGUUGUGAAUAUGUCAAAAGAAAUUAAAAAUGUAUUGGGCAUACAACAACAAACAAAUUUGUCAGAUGGAGAUGUUAUAAAAUAUUUAAAGGAAUUAUAUAAAAUAGCUUAUGAGAUGAAAAUGGAACCUGGUGAACCUGUCAAACGUUCUUGUUACAUAACUGACGGAAAAGUUUGUAUAAUUGACGUCUUUUGUGAAUAA